CGGACAGAGUACCGGGGAGGGUUUCCGGAGAAUGUGUGGACCAGCUAGCCAGGGUGUUCAUCUCGGUCUUUGAUGCAUCACUGUCUUCUGCCUCAUCAGAAAACAAAGGAACACCGCAAAAGCCAGCCGAUGGAGGAGGAAAAGCCGUGGGCACUGAUCUCUGAGGUUGGGGAUGAUCACGGUUAUCUCGCCGAACUCGCCGUCAUAGUGAAGCAACACUUCCAAAUCAUCUGCUAUGAGGACUUCCUGCAGAACCCUGAGCUUCAUGGCUCCAAGGUCCAGGCUCUGCUGAACUGGCAGCAUUGCCCUGCAGUUGAACCUCAGCUGCUCAGACUGCUCCCCUCCCUUAAAGUGGUGGCCAGUGGAGGGGUGGGCGUCGACCACCUGGACGUCCCGUUCAUCAACAGUCUCGGUGUGAAAGUGGCCAACACCCCACAUGUGGUCAGUGAUUCCACUGCUGAUCUAGCCAUGGGUCUGCUUCUGGCAUCGGCUCGUAAGAUUGUCAAUGGUCAUCAGGUAGCUACGGACCCAAAGACGAUCCAUAUACCAAAAAGUCUGAUGGGGGUUGAAGUCACAGGGUCGACUAUUGGGAUCAUUGGGAUGGGAGAGAUCGGUUACAAGAUCGCCCAAAGAAGCACAGGGUUUGAAAUGAAGAUUUUGUAUCACAACAGGACUAAAAGGAGAGCAGAGGAAGAACAAGCAGUUGGAGCAACUUAUUGCCAGAGCCUGGAUGAGCUGCUCAGAUGCUCUGACUUCGUAGUGAUUACGGUCAAACUGACCCCAGAAACAAAAGGUCUUAUUGGGUCCAGAAAGCUGUCCCUUAUGAAGCCUACAGCAACACUGGUCAACGUCAGCAGAGGUCAGGUUGUAGACCAGGAUGCUCUAGUUAGAGCUCUAAAGAAAGGAGGAAUCCUUGCAGCAGCUUUGGACGUGACUUAUCCGGAACCUCUGCCAAGGGACCAUCCACUGCUCGGGCUGCCAAAUGUGAUCAUCACCCCUCACAUCGGGAUCAAUACCUGCAAUACAGCAAGACGGAUGGUGGAAAGGAUGGUGAAGAAUGCAGUCGCAGCUGUAAGAGGGUUACCUGUUCCAGAUGAAGUCAAGGCACAGAAAAAAUAAAAGAUUGAUUUUCUUUCACAUGAAAUGUGAUCUGAUCUGUAAUAUAUUGGAUUAGAUCACAUUUCUGUUCUGAUAUAUUACAUAUAGAGUGUAUAACAUACAUAUUUGAAAUUUCA